AUGGUAAGCUUGCGCCGACCUCAGCAAGCCCGUAGCCGCCAACUUACACCACUACCCCGCCAACUGCGAGCUCUUUCCAAGAUGUCGUCGCGCAAGGCAGUAGACCAGCGGAUCCCGAAUCUCAUUUACAACGGCUUGCAGGAGAAGAAGCGAAGCUUCUUUGUCGUUGUCGGAGACCAUGCCAAGGAUGUCAUUGUAAACCUCCACUACUUGAUGUCCCAGCGAGACAUCAAGCAGAACAAGUCUGUCCUGUGGGCAUACAAGAACAAGCUCCUGGGCUUCACCAGUCACCGCAAGAAGCGUGAGAACAAGAUCAAGAAGGAGAUCAAGCGCGGCACCCGCGAAGCCAACGAGUCCGACCCCUUCGAGCUUUUCGUGUCCCUCCACAACAUCCGAUAUGUCUACUACAAGGAGACCGAGAAGGUACUCGGAAACACCUUUGGCAUGUGCAUUCUGCAAGACUUUGAGGCCAUGACACCGAACAUCCUGGCGAGAACGAUUGAGACGGUCGAGGGUGGCGGUCUGGUCGUCCUCCUGCUCAAGGGUAUGACCAGCUUGAAGCAGCUGUACACCAUGUCCAUGGACAUCCACUCGCGAUACCGGACAGAGGCGCACGACGACGUUGUCGCUCGUUUCAACGAGCGCUUCAUCCUCUCCCUGGGAAGCUGCGACUCUUGUCUCGUCAUCGACGACGAAAUGAACGUCCUACCCAUCUCGGGCGGCAAGAACGUCAAGGGACUGCCGCCGGCCGACAAGGACAUUGUCAAGACGGAAGCGCAGCAGGAAUUGGAGGACAUGAAGGAGGCCCUACAAGAUACCCAACCAGUCGGCUCCCUGGUUACCCUUGCGAAGACGGUCGACCAGGCCAAGGCGCUGCUGACCUUUGUGGACGCCAUCGCCGAGAAAACCCUGAGGAGCACGGUGACCUUGACUGCCGCCAGAGGACGUGGAAAAUCUGCGGCCAUGGGUGUGGCUGUUGCGGCUGCUGUAGCACACGGCUACAGCAAUAUCUUCAUCACUUCCCCCUCGCCCGAGAACUUGAAGACUCUGUUCGAGUUCGUCUUCAAGGGCUUUGAUGCGCUCGGCUACGCAGAUCACGCCGAUUACUCCAUCAUCCAGUCCACGAACCCUGACUUCAACAAGGCCAUCGUCAGAGUCAACAUUCACCGGGCGCAUCGCCAGACGAUCCAGUACAUCAGACCCCAGGAUGCUCACGUUCUGGGCCAGGCAGAGCUGGUCGUCAUCGAUGAGGCCGCCGCCAUCCCCUUACCCCUGGUUCGCAAGCUCAUGGGUCCUUACCUGGUCUUCAUGGCCUCCACCAUCAACGGUUACGAGGGCACCGGACGUUCGUUGUCGCUGAAGCUGAUCAAGCAGCUGAGGGAGCAGUCAAGACCUGGCGCGAAGACCAAGGACGACACAGAGGUUGCUGACCGCACCACGGGCAAGACGGCCAAGGACCAGGGCUCAAGCCACCAGGCCAGCCGCUCUCUUCGCGAGAUCACUCUGUCGGAGCCCAUCAGAUACGCCCAGGGCGACUCCGUCGAAAAGUGGUUGAACAAGCUUCUGUGUCUGGAUGCCACCCUCCCCAAGGCCAAGGCCGGCAGCCAAGGCUGCCCGGACCCGUCCCAGUGCGAGCUGCUGAAGGUCAACCGCGAUACUCUCUUCUCUUUCCACCCUGUUCCUGAGAAGUUCCUGCAGCAGAUGGUGGCUCUCUACGUCGCCAGCCACUACAAGAACUCCCCCGACGACCUCCAACUGAUGAGUGACGCCCCCGCUCACGAGCUUUACGUGCUCAUUGCGCCGACAUCAGACGGAAAGCUUCCUGAGCCCCUCUGUGUCAUCCAGGUUGCCUUGGAAGGUAAGAUCAGCAGACAAAGCGUCAUCAACAGCUUGAGCAGAGGACAACGGCCUUCCGGCGAUUUGAUCCCCUGGCUCGUGAGCCAGCAGUACCAGGACGAUGAGUUCGCCUCCCUGUCCGGUGCGCGUGUCGUGAGGAUAGCCACGAACCCGGAGUACGUGUCGAUGGGAUACGGCACCAAGGCUCUGCAACUGCUCACCGAAUUUUACGAGCAAAAGUUCACCAAUCUGUCCGAGGAUGCCGAUCUUACCAUGGAGGAGACGCUGCCGAGGGUGACGGAUGCGGAGCUGGCCAACACAUCCCUGCUCGCAGACGAUGUCCACAUCAGAGACAUCAACAAGCUGCCACCGCUGUUUGCGAGAUUCUCUGAGAUCAGACCCGCCGCUCUGGACUACGUCGGUGUCAGCUACGGCUUGACACAGCAGCUCCACAAGUUCUGGAAGCGUGCCUCAUUCGCCCCCGUCUACCUCAGGCAAACGGCCAACGACCUGACGGGCGAGCACACGUGCGUCAUGCUCCGGCCCCUGGAGAACACCGCAGACCAGUCAUGGCUCGGCGCCUUCUCGAGAGAUUUCCAGCGGCGGUUCCAGUCGCUGCUCUCGUACCAGUUCCGAGAGUUCCAGUCUGUGGUUGCGCUCAGCAUCGACGAGUCGGCCAACGCCGGCGCGAAGCUCGAUGGCACUGAGCCUACGGCUCUGACCAAGGUUGAGCUCGACAGGCUCCUGACACCUUUCGACCUGAAGCGUCUCGAGUCUUACGCCAACAACAUGUUAGACUACCACGUCAUUCUUGACCUCGUCCCCACCCUGGCCAGCCUGUACUUCACGGGCAAGCUCAAGGGCGAUAUCAAGUUGACGGGUGUCCAGCAGGCUAUUCUGUUGGCCAUCGGCCUGCAAAGGAAGGAUAUGGACAUCAUCUCCCAGGAGCUGUCUCUCCCGUCUUCGCAACUUCUGGCUAUGUUCAUCAAGAUUCUGCGCAAGAUCACGGCCCACUUUGGCAGUUUGGUCAACGCUGCCGCCGAGGCCGAGCUGCCCAGGGCCAAUACCAUUGGUGUCAGCCAGGAGAAUGCGUCGGGCGCGCAUGACGACGAGGUUGUGGACAAGAGGUUCGCUCCGCUUGAGACGUCUCUCGAGGACGAGCUCGAAGAGGGAGGCGACGAGGCUCUGGCCAAGCUGCGGAAGAAGCAGCGCGAGCUUAUCGACUCCCUUCCCCUCGACCAAUAUGAAGUCGACGGCGAUGCUCCCGCAUGGGCCGAGGCAGAGCAGGCCAUCAAGGAGGGCAAGUCGGGGGUUGUCAGCAUCAAGACGGGCAAGUCAAAGCGCAAGGCGGGACCGACGGCGGCGGAGAUAUACGACGAGGCCCUUGGGGAGAAGAAGUCUCACAAGAAGGCUAAGAAGUCCAAGAAGGAUAGAGACUAA